UCUUCUUGCUGGUCUCAGCCUUCACAGAGCGGCACCGAACCCAACAACAGCCCUGUCUAUCUGUGAGAGAGGGAAAUGAAAAGGAGGCUACAGAAGAAAUACUUCAUUUUAAUUCUAGCAUAUUCCGUGUUACUUCUGUUAAUUCCGUAUAUGCUGGACUACAGGAGUAAAUUAGGGCAUAUUAAACAUGGCAAGCAACAGCCGAGGUGCCCCGACCUCGAUGUGUGGAAUAACGGGGACAAGUUCAGCAACACUACGGGUACCGUGGAAGACACGGUAGUCAACAGGAGCCAGUCUAAAAUACACGUUUAUUUACAUGCUACAUGGAGGACGGGGUCAUCGUUCUUAGGAGAGUUAUUCAAUCAACACCCCGAUGUGUUUUACCUCUACGAGCCCAUGUGGCAUAUAUGGCAGGCUCUCUAUCCAGGAGAUGCGGUCAGUCUGCAAGGAGCCGUGCGUGAUAUGAUGAAGGCGUUAUUACGAUGCGACUUCUCAGUUUUAAAACUGUACACAGGGAGCCAAAAUAUCACCACGUCUUUUAUAUUUGGAUGGAGAAAGAACAAAGUCAUCUGCUCGGAACCUUUAUGCGAGGCGUACAAGAGAAACGACGUGGGAUUAAUCCAAGAUGACGUCUGUGGAAAGUGUCCAAGGAAAGAUAUCAAAGAGUUGGAGAGGGAGUGCAAGAAGUACCGCGUCGUGGUAAUCAAAGGUGUGCGGGUUCUGGACCUCGGCGUACUCGUCCCGUUAAUGAGAGAUCCCGCUUUAAAUCUCCAGAUCAUUCAGUUGUUUAGAGACCCGCGGGCAGUUCACAAUUCACGACUGAAAUCGAAACAAGCUCUGGUCAAGGAGAGCAUACAGGUACUGAGGAGUAAAAAACAGACGGAGAAAUACAAGCGUCUACUGGUGCCAAACAGCAGGGGGAACCGGGCAGAGAAUUAUGUCUCUAGCGCAAUGGAGCUAAUAUGUGACAACUGGCUGAACGACAUGAUGCUCAUGAUGAACGCGCCCCCCUGGGUGAAGAGGAAUUACAUCAAGAUCCGCUACGAGGACUUGGUUCUACACCCCAUGGAGGAACUCAGGAGACUCUACAGCUUCUCCAAACUCUCCUCCUUUCCUGCCAUGGAUAAGUUCGUGUUGAACAUGACCCACGGGCACGGUUACUCCUCAGACAAACCGUUUGUAAUAUCGUCCAGGGACGCUAAGGAAGCCAUCUUCGCAUGGAGAGAGCGGUUGAACAUUGAGCAGAUCUCCCAAGUGGAAGACUACUGCAGUGAGGUCAUGAGACAACUGGGCUAUCAGAAAAACAGUGUGGAUCAAACAUAGACAUUACAGCAUCAAGAUGGUGGUGAUGAAGGUGCCUGAUGGGAUAAACUACGAUGUCAGGACUGGUGCCAAGGGAAGAGGAACUGGGAAGCAGCUAGACUGGGUCGGUUUUCUUCUUCAGCCAAUCCUGUAUGAACUGAAGGAGAGAGGAUGUCUGUCACGGGCUGGACAGAAGCAUGGCAACACGAAGAGGACUUAGAGGAACUGAAUU